AUGUUCACGGCAAACAAGCCAGCAACCAAGAACAACCUAACAGCAGAGAAACAGCAGAGCAGAGCAGAAGCAGAGGCAGAGGAGCACCAAGAGCUUCAGCAGCUUCAGAGCAAGGCAUCCAUGUUCACCGCGCAGGCGCACAGCCCAGCCCACACAGCACCCAAGCACGACCCCAGGCCCAAGCGUCAGGACCUUGCGGUCGUGCUGCUCACAAUGCCUGAGCAUCAUAGGUGCAGCUUGCGCGACCGCGCAGCUCAAGUGCUGUUGCUGGUCUUAAGUACCUCGGGCGUUUCAUUGACAUUGCCAAACGCGCUUGCGAAUGACGCCUCUGCAAACCCUGCCGAGCACAAGCGAGAACCGUCCAUCUUCGCUGAUCAGCAUGGUGGUUUGGUUAUGCAGGACACCCACGUCCAAGUGUCCCUGGCCGAGUUGCUGCAGGAAUUGCAUGGACUCAAAACAACUGUUUCGGCCCUUCAAAGCCAAAAUGCAGAUUUGCUCACGAACGACGACGUGCUUCAGGCGCAAUUGUCAUCUUUGAUGGAGCAGCAUCAUCAACAACAACAGCAACAGGGCACUUCACUUGUGACCUUCCCUCGGACAAAGGCCAUAUCACAAUCGGGCACAUACAGCGUCACUAUCAGUGUAGCAAAUAGCAGCAUGCUUCCCCUUCCCACCUCUGCAUUUGUAUUCAUCGAAGUUGGCGGCGCUGGCGGCGGUGGAGCUGCGAGUGCAAACCCAAGCACAUGUGCAAUCGCACACAAUGGCAGAUCGGGCACAUCAACAACCAUCACGCACGUUGACGGAGGAACGACCACGACUUGGCUCCUGGCAACUGGCGGCGGUGGAGGAAAGUACGCUGCGAACACGGUGUUCCCUGGCACAGCCCACGGACACGGCGAAGUUGGGCCAAUUUGCUUCAUAGGCCGCGGUGGGGUUGGAGGCCACGCCGGAGUCUACAGCAUUCGACCCAGCACGGACGGGGGCAACGGUGGCUAUGCAUCUGGAGACUUCGAAAUCAGUGCUGGCGAACCGACACUUCUCCAAGUCGUUGUUGGAAGCGGAGGAACCGGAGGAGCAAGUUCUUGUAACGGAAACGGUGUGAGCGGAGCAGAUGGCUUUGCGAUCUUUCGCUAUCCUGCGAACGUUGAGAUGACCUUCGAGGUUGUCCCUGGCGCGUGA